AUGUCUGCCACGUUUGACCUGACUCGAGGCAAAUGCGUUGAGGAGGAAGAAAAGCUCGUCCUCUACGGAAUCGGACGGUGCGCGCCGAGAUUUCAUUUCCUAAGCGGCCUUAAGCGGAUUGUUGAGCUGUUGAAAGCACCCUGGCCUCUAGCGACAGGAGAACCGCAAAAUUUGUCGCGAUGCCGCGGGGAAGUGCAGGCUACCCAGAAAGGGCGUGAUGGCUCACUGUGGGGGAGCUCCGAGCUCCGAGCUCCAUCCUUCCCACUCCCAACCUCCACGCUGUCCGUGCACCACAGCGAGAUUCGAGGCAUUGUGCUUGCGGCUCUCCAUCAAUUGCAUCUCCGCUACAAGCAGGGCCCUCCGUCACCUCGGUCCCUACAGUUUCGAUAG